AUCUCUUUUAAUCUCCUUAUUUAGCGAACAGUUUUGAACGCGAGUUCAUAGAAAACUAAAGUCACUCACCGUUUAUUCCUUCUUUUUAAAUCCGAGGGCGCCGUCUGGCGCCACCUUGUGGUCCAACGUUUGCUUGCAUCCCGGUCACGCUAUAAAUAACGGGAAGUGCGUGAGGAUCAUGAGGAUUAUUAGACGUGAUUUACCUGUUGCGCGGUCCUGACCUCCGUGUUUCUUCCGGCCGUGACGCAACGCCAGCGCUUCCGCAUGUCACAAGCGCCUAAAAGACCUGGUAAUUAUGUGUAUAAACAACGCACCGUUGUAACAUUUCCGUUUGACUCUACAGUUGCGCUAUUAAAUUCCAAUUCUCUCCUCAUUAAAUCACUCACAAGUGAACUAAUUCAAAAUAUAUUAGUGCUUAAUCGACUUUAACCAUGUUGUUAUUUACAAGUGGCGAACUUGCAAAUGAAAAAUAUGAUUUUUUUUUAAACCGAGAUAAUGAUAAUGUGCUUUAAGUUCGCGCGCUCACCGGUGUUGCAUUCAAAUCCUGGUCGAUGUGUGGAUCAUGAUUGCUGCUGCUGUGGAAGCCAGUCGCUUCUGUGUUCCACCUCGUGUGUUCUUGAACAUUUCUCGGCUGAAUAUUCGCUGCAGAGUCUCCAUUUUUAUUUCCAGAUUCUAAACGCUUCGCUCUCAAAUCUCCGACGUUGUCACGGUCAUUAAACGCAACACUAAAGACCGCUGGCGGCUGUCUUUAAUCAAACGUAAUAGUGUGAAAGUGCGGGUCGUUUCUCUGUUCGUGGCUCGUAGCGGCGUCUCCUCAGUGCAGGAAAAGAACAUAGGUCCAGCUAGGAGCCAAGUGACGUCCCAUGUUUCCCUCCUGGUGUGAUCAGUUGCCUGACCAGAGAGGGACUCGUUCUGAGCAAGUUGUGUUGAAUGCAGGCGACUUUUCUGGAGUCGCUGUUCUUGAGGGAGCGGAGCUGGCAACACCGUGCCAAAGUGCAUGUGGGAUGAGGAGACGCUAAGUGGCUACCACAACCAGCCGGAUCAGAAAGCCCUGCGCUGCAAGAUGGAUUAAAGGCCCGCACCUCAGGAGAUCAAAGGUGGCUGUGACAGGGGCACCCCCGGGGCAGGACCCAUGAGGAGUCAUAGAAGAUGCUCACAGCCUGGGCGCUUCUGCUCUUCUUAGCCAUGUGGUUGAGGAGCACCUCUGGUGGCCCGCUCUCCUUCAGAAUAGCCGCCAUCCUGGAUGACCCGAUGGAGUGCAGCAGAGGGGAGCGACUGGCCAUCACUCUGGCCAAAGACAGCAUCAACAAGAACAGCAAUCGCUCCACCACGGGGAAGCUGGAGGUGGACAUCUUUGAACUGCUCCGAGACAGUGAAUAUGAGAUGGGGGAAACAAUGUGCCAGAUCAUGUCUAAAGGUGUGGUGGCGGUCCUGGGACCCUCCGCCAGUCCGGCCUCCAACUCCAUCAUCAGCAACAUCUGUGGAGAGAAAGAGGUUCCCUAUGUCAAGGUGGCUCCUGAGGACAUUCUGAAGGUUCAGUUCCCACGAUUCACCACCCUGGACCUGAGGCCGACCAACACAGACAUCAGUAUGGCUGUGGCUGGACUCCUCACCUUCUUCAACAGCACCACCUCCUGCCUCAUCUGCGCUCAGGCUGAAUGCUUGUUGAACCUGGAGCAGCUCCUGCGGCAGUUUCUCAUCUCCAAGGACACGCUGUCGGUGCGCAUGCUCGACGACAGCCAGGACCCCACGCCGCUGCUCAAGGAGAUUCGGGACGACAAGACUGCCACCAUCAUCGUGGACGCCAACGCCACCAUGUCCCACGUCAUUUUGGAGCGGGCGUCGGAGCUGGGGAUGCUGUCCAUCUACUACACUUACAUCUUCACCUCACUGGAGUUUCCUCUGCUCCAGCUGGACGACGUGGUGGACCAAAGAGUCAACAUCCUUGGUUUUUCCGUCUUCAACAAGACCCAUCCCUUCUUCCAGGAUUUCGUGCUCAGCCUCAAUCGCUCCUGGCAGGAGAACUGUGACCACGCGCCGUUCACUGGCACCCCGCUCUCGUCGGCGCUGCUGUUUGACGCAGUGUAUGCCGUGGUGGCGGCCGUCCAGGAGUUGAACCGUAGCCAAAAUGUUGGCGCCACUCAACUUUCCUGCAAGUCCUCAAAGAUUUGGGAGCACGGCACGAGCCUCAUGAACUACCUGAGGAUGGUAGAACUGGAAGGUCUAACCGGCCACAUUGAAUUCAACAGCAAAGGCCAGCGCUCCAACUACGCCCUCAGGAUCAUGCAGAACAGCAGGGACGGCCUCAGGCAGAUCGGCCUGUGGCACUCUGAGGCUGGACUCUCCAUGGAGAAGAAGCUUCCGUCCAUCAACGUGACCGACACGCUCUUCAACACCACUCUGACCGUCACCACCAUCUUGGAAAACCCCUAUGUGAUGCUGCGGCCCAACCACCAGGAGCUGGAAGGGAACGACCGCUACGAAGGCUUCUGCGUGGACAUGCUGAAGGAGCUGUCCGACAUCCUCAAGUUCAAGUAUCGGAUUCGGCUGGUGGGGGACGGACUCUACGGGGUCCCCGGAGCCAACCGGACGUGGACUGGCAUGGUCGGGGAGCUCAUUUCACGGAAAGCUGACCUGGCGGUGGCAGGCCUGACCAUAACAGCCGAGCGGGAGAAGGUCAUCGAUUUCUCCAAACCCUUCAUGAGCCUGGGGAUCAGCAUCAUGUACCGCGUCCAUCUGGGUCGAAGACCGGGCUACUUCUCCUUCCUGGAUCCCUUCUCGCCUGGAGUCUGGCUCUUCAUGCUGCUGGCCUACCUGGCUGUCAGCUGCGUCCUCUUCCUGGUGGCCAGGCUCACACCCUACGAGUGGUACAACCCGCACCCUUGUCUGAAGGGUCGCUGUAACCUGCUGAUCAACCAGUACUCGCUGGGCAACAGCUUCUGGUUUCCUGUCGGAGGCUUCAUGCAGCAGGGCUCCACCAUUGCUCCUCGAGCUCUGUCCACGCGCUGCGUCAGUGGAGUCUGGUGGGCCUUCACAUUGAUCAUCAUCUCGUCCUACACCGCCAACUUGGCUGCCUUCCUGACCGUCCAGAGGAUGGAGGUGCCCAUAGAGUCGGUGGAUGACCUGGCGGAUCAGACCGCCAUCGAGUACGGCACCAUGCACGGAGGGUCCACCAUGACCUUCUUCCAGAACUCCCGCUACCAGACCUAUCAGCGCAUGUGGAACUUCAUGCACUCGAAGCAGCCCAGCGUGUUUGUGAAGAGCACAGAGGAAGGCAUCGCCCGGGUGCUCAACUCCAACUAUGCCUACCUGCUGGAGAGCACCAUGAACGAGUAUUACCGGCAGAGGAACUGUAACCUGACGCAGAUCGGAGGACUGCUGGACACCAAGGGCUACGGCAUCGGGAUGCCAUUAGGGUCAGUGUACAGGGACGAAUUCGACCUGGCCAUCCUGAAACUGCAGGAGGACAAUCGCUUGGAAAUCCUCAAGAGGAAGUGGUGGGAUGGCGGCAAGUGCCCCAAAGAGGAGGACCACCGAGCCAAAGGCCUGGGCAUGGAGAACAUCGGCGGCAUCUUCGUGGUCCUGGUGUGCGGCCUGCUGAUGGCCAUCUUCAUGGCCGUGCUGGAGUUUGUGUGGAUGUUGAGGCAGACGCCAGGAACUGAGCAGUCGGUGUGCGAGGAGAUGCUGCGAGAGCUCCACGGGAUCGUCCUGUGCCGUGAUGGCUUUCAGCUGAGGCGUCGGCGAGCGUCCUCCUUACUGCGACCGCGCCCGCUGCCCCUGGAGGAGAGGCGAGCGCGAGCGGCCGCCGCCGGCCUCAGCAACGGGAAGCUCUGCAGCGGCACCGGGCUCCCGGAGCCCCUCUCCCACAGACUGGCGCAGGAGGCCGCCAUGGUGGCCAGAGGUUGCAGCCACAUCCGGAUUUGCCCCGAGUGCCGACGCUUCCAGGGACUGAGGAUGAGGCCGCCCGGGGCCACGGGGAGCCUCCCGUCCCCGACUCACAGCGAGGAGAGCAUAGAGUGGGACAAGACCACGAACAGCAGCGAACCUGAAUAGCACGUUGCUGACUCUCCUUUCCAGGGACGGAAGGUCAUGUGACGUGUCAUCACCGAGGACAGGACAGUGCUGCGGACUCAUUUGUACCCGGGAGGACAAGAGGGCCCCUCCUGGGUGAAAGACUGAUGAGCGUGUCUGGGGUCCCUGCUGGGGCCCAGGGCGGAGGGCAACAGCUACGGGGCAGUCGUACUAUGCAGUUUUCUCAGUUCUUCAUCCUUGUGUUUCCCCUUCCUCCUUCCUUCUAAGUUAUUUCUGUCUUCAGUUAUCAGGACAGUUGUUGUUCCUCUCCUCUUCUUUUUUAUCUGACAAAUGACUACACUGAUGUAUACGGCCUCUGAUGAGCUGCAGAGACUCAAGGUCACCCCCUCCAAUCGUUUUUUUAUUUUGAAAGUGCCAAAGCCCAUAAGCGUUAUCUUGUGGCUGAGAGGAAGCACCGCAGCCUUGAGGAGACACACACACUCGUCGCGGAAACAAACAAAAGAGACUUCUUUUCUAGUCGUGAUAUUCGAUGAAAAUGUUUUCAAUGUUUGUAUCUCUGAAAGACGGCGACAUGUCGAGAGGGUUUGGCGGCCUUCGGGCCGGUCCGCGGUGAGAACGCCGGCGCCUCCAGAUCACUCCCAACAUCCCCGCCGCCGACGCCAUGAAUCAGAGAGUUGCUGUGAAGCUAAAGAGAAUUUUUAUAUAACAGCACUUGAAUUCUUUUAAAUGUCACGGCGGUUCAACCUUUAUUGAAUGUGAAGGCUUCCUCACCGCUCGGGGACUCCUUCUCCGCCCAUCAGCCAAGAUUCCCUCUUAAUAUAGUUUUAUUUGUCCGACUCUUAAAAGACAGAAUGUGACAUUUAAAACCAAGGAGGCACUUUGGUUUUACAUGCGUGAAUUAAAUGAAGGUUAUAACAGAUGAUGAAGCCGUUACUGAGCUACAACUGUGAUUCUCCCAGUGAAGCCGCUGGUGUGAAGGCGAAUGACAGCUUGACUGCUGCACUGUGGGACCCGGCCUCCAUCUGCAUACGCUCUGUGCUGCUUAUCUCUUCCGUGUCCAUCAUUCUGAAUCUGCCCAUCAGCUCCCGUCCAUCAGCACACUUCAUAACAAGACUGUCAAGUCAACAUGGCUGCAGGUGGCGCCGUAGCAUCUUGUUAGCCUUGUCUGUCCAUCAUCUGUCACCUGCAGGUGGCGGUGCUCCCAUUUUACGGCCUAAACCCUGCCAUUGUGAAAAGGAGGCGUGGUCAAGGGACUCCGCUGCCAAGUCCAAGUCAGGCCAGCGACAUGGCUUUACCCUUGGUAGAUACUGCUAUUACGAAUGGAGCUAGUGCUGUUAAAUCUGAAUUAUAUGCUGUUUUAACUGAAAUUAUCCUCUACUGACAAAAGAAUUUUCAUGCAGUACAUCUCCAAAAUAAAAUAGUAAAUUCUCAGGUAAACACAGCCUUCUUUGGACAUCGUGCCUCGGUCAAAUUGGGAAGAAAAUCUUCAGCAUUCAAACAACAAAUUCAUAAAAUAUAGAUGCUCAUUAACCAAAAACAGAUUAAAAAGUCAAGAGUUCCUUUAAUAAA